AUGGAGAAACACUCCAUAGCACUGCGCAACGUGCAUACGUCAGGUGGAAUGAUGCUGCAGGCAGUGUGGAGGAAUCCGCUUGCAUUCCCUGCGAGCCCGGCCGGUGACUGGAUGUAUGCACCUGGCACCGGACAUAUCCAUUGGGACGCUUGCCAACGCUGUCCGCCCGGACGAUAUCGAGCCAGAGGAGGUGGUGUUUCUGUUGAUGACUGCGAAAAAUGUGGUGUUGGGACAUGGAGCAAUUUGAGUGGUGCAAACGAUAGUGCGAGCUGCCAAAGUUGUGGUCUGGGAAGAUGGAGUGACAUUUUGGCUGCUGCAAGCGAGACCUCUUGCAGACUCUGCACACAGGGCCGCUUCAACGACCUGAAGGGUGCAUCCAGCGAAGAUGCAUGUAGACCUUGUGCGCGUGGGCGCUGGUGGCACGAAUUGGGUGCUUCUGCAAGCACGGCUUGUCAGCCCUGUCCUGCCGGUCGCUACCAGCCUGCCUUGGCGCAGGUUGCGGCUAGCAAUUGCCUUCCCUGCGCCCCUGGCAACUUCAGCGGUCCAGCGGCUGCCUCCUGCAAGCAGUGCAGCCCGGGACGCUAUGCGGCCUCCCUUGGUGAGACCAGCUGCCAAGCCUGUGAGGACGGAUGGAGUCGUGUACCUGGAGCCAUCAGUGCAGCCAUGUGCAAAGAGUGUGGAGCGGAAUGUGCGGCAGGUGCCAAUGUGACCAUCAUGCUGGAGAUCGAACAUCUGGACUGCUCUAACCUGACGGCGAAGCAAGCGGAAGACCUGGCUACGGCGUAUGCGGAUGACAUCGUCACAUCCAUGGGCCGCGGCCCCGGCGGGCGCAUCUUCAGCCUUUCGGGUGAAGCAUCGCAGGUGUCCUUAAGACCAUUGCAGACGUCGCCUUCGACGGAUUGCAGGGUGGAGUGUCUGAUGACUGUCCCGGAAGGGUCGACGCUACAAGCGAUUGCAAAGGAGCAAAACGUGGCAAUGCUGCAGGAGCUCUUGCAAGGAUCUGCGAUCCUUGCGAAUGCUGACGGUGCUUCUCUACAGAUCGUGCAGAUGACGAUGUUGCCAACCUCCGGGAUAGCUACUACGAUGCCUACGAUGCCUACGAUGCCUACGAUGCCAACGUCCGGGGCAGCGCUUGCCACGCCAGUCACAGUGCCAGUGACCACCACGGGGGUUGCAGCAGGAGUCUCUAGCAUCGCAGCCCCAACAUCUCAGCUCGCAGCAAAGAGGCGGCAUCACUUUGACGGUCGGACGGGUUUCACCCUACUGGUGACCUUCCUUUGCUUAGCGGCCUGCCUUUGCUGCGUCGAGUUGUGGCAUGUUGUUUGGAAGCGCCGGGGAAGAAGACUGAUGUCACGGUGGCUGAAAACCGGCCCGAGCGACCCCGAGAACUCCGAAACAGAGAGCAGCAGUAGCGACAACGGGGAGACCGGCCGCUUGAAAGCUGAGGUGCUGAUGCCAUGGAAGUCGGAGGUGGGGGCUAUUGCCAGCAUCUUCAUGGGAGGAGUGGCGACUGGAGCUGCUUGGGCCAGUUUCAUCUUUGGAGACACCCCACCAAAUGGAAGGCUGCCCAUCAUGAUGCCAGAGACGGCCAAUGAUACCGUUCAGAUCGGGAAAGAUGCUGAAGUGGAGUAUUCGGAGGGCUUGCUGACUUCCUAUCGAUCUCCACAUUUCAAGGCUGCUUUUCCCUUCGGACAUGGCUUGACCUACACAACUUUUGAGUUCUCCGACGCGCAGCAGACGCACGCAGAAUGCGAAGCGGCCGCCUGUGUGGCCGUGACGGUGAGAAAUACCGGGCAAGUCGCAGGGGAAGAAGUGGUGCAGGCAUAUGUGCACUUCCCAGAGCCUACUGGAGGUGAUGAGAGAUGGGUCCAGGCAACGCCAGCCAAAGCUCUGAAGGGCUUCAAGCGCACCUCAGUUCUGAAGCCCAACGAGAUGGAGAUCAUCGAGCUGAAGUUCACCACCGGCGACUUCUCCUUGUUCUCCUCGGAGCGUCCCUUGGUGCAGCAGACGAAAGUGGAGGUAUUAUUGGGUGCUUCUAGCCAGGAUAUUCGGCAAACCGUUGAAGUAGAACCAUCCAACUGA